AUGCGUCAAUACGUACUGCUGGCAACAGCGACAAUACUGCUGUACGUUUCGAGGCAUUACUCGCCUCUUUUGGCGGCAAUUGCGUUUUCUAUAAUCGGAUAUCAGGCUACAGACGUUUUGAUUCCAUGUGUGUCGCCUGCCUUUGUGAAAAUUGGGCUCUAUGGCAAGGAUCUGAGCAAACCUGGCAAACCAGUGAUUCCUGAGUCGAUUGGAGCAAUUUCUGCCCUUGUUUACUUAUUCAUCAUGUUCUUCUAUAUCCCAUUCCUGUUCUACAAGUACUUGGUGGUGAUUACGUCCGGAGGUGGACACCGUGACGUUUCUGUGAUGGAAUCAAUGGCUCAAGAAGAAUACCUUUUCCCUCACGGAAAAAUGUCAGAGUAUUUGAGUGCUGUGCUUUGCUUGCAAAGCACUGUCCUGCUUGGAAUGGCUGACGAUCUCUUUGAUCUGAGAUGGAGACACAAGUUUUUCCUGCCUGCCGUAGCAGCAAUUCCACUUCUGGUGGUGUACUACGUGGACUUUGGCGUCACCUACGUUUUGAUCCCUGAUGUUGUCAAAACUUGGUUUCCAACCUCAAAGACGGCCUUAAAUCUGGGAGCGUUCUACUACAUCUAUAUGGCAUCCAUGGCCAUUUUCUGCCCCAACUCCAUCAACAUUCUUGCAGGUGUUAACGGUCUAGAAGUGGGACAAAGCAUUGUGCUGGGCUUCAUCUCUUUGGUCAACGACUCGCUGUAUUUGACACUGGGGACUGAAGCAUCGAAAGAAGCACACAGGUUUUCUGCCAUUCUCAUAAUACCUUUUCUAGGCGUGGCUUUGGCGUUGUGGAAGUGGAACAAAUGGCCUGCCAAGGUUUUUGUCGGUGACACGUUUUGUUAUUUUGCAGGCAUGAUUUUCUCGGUUGUCGGUAUUCUGGGCCACUUCUCGAAGACCACCCUAUUACUAUUUAUUCCACAAACCUUCAAUUUCGCGUAUUCUUGUCCGCAGCUGUUUGGCCUAGUGCCGUGUCCCAGACACAGAAUGCCUCGGUUCAACGAAAACGACGGAAUGAUGUAUCCGUCAAGAGCAGAGCUCACUGAAAAGCCACCUAAGAAAGUAAUGCUUCCCGUGCUUAGACUUUUGAACACAUUGAGGUUGAUAGACAUUGAAGUCGAUGCCAAAACCAAACAAAUCAAGAGCUGUACCAAUAUGACACUUAUAAAUCUGGUUUUGGUGUGGUUUGGACCAAUGCGCGAAGAUAAAUUGUGCAACAGAAUCCUAACCAUUCAGCUUGCGAUCGGACUUCUAGCGAUAGCCGCUAGGCAUACUUUAGGAUCCCUCAUUUAUGGGCACGACAACAUCCAGUUUUUGUAG